UAAAAUGCCUCGAUGCACAUGUAUAUAAUGUUCGUAUGUAUUAAAUAUGAUGAUCAGCUGUUACAGUGUAACUGCGAAACACGUGUUGCUUUUGUUUUCAUUUCAUAUUAUUAAAAUUGAUUGAACAAAGGAAGGCUGCAAUAUGCUGUCGCUGUAUGCUUAAAUAUAUCGUUUCAAUUGAAAGAAAGAUUGCUAGUUAAUGAAGUACUUAGUCACGCUAAAUCUUCGGGCAAUAUCUAUCAUUGACUGAAUUAAACAGUGUAUACUUCGCAGUCAUUUAACUGAUCAUGUACUUUCACGUUUUAUUUAUUGGUCUAUAUCUAAUUCCCAAAUUUAAAUUACUUGCGUACUUAACGUGUAACAGUAUCUGAUAUGUGCAUAUUCAGUAAACAUCUGCGAUGACGCAUGGAUCAAAAGUUUUUCAGUUUGUAAUGAUAGAUUUACUGUGUCUGGGAUACUCUCAAACGUAGGUGAAUAAACUUGUAUUUCCUGUUUUUAAAAUUCGAAAUCGUAAAAUAUGUGCGCAUUUUGUGUCUUUUAUAAAUAUAUGAAUAUAUUGAGAAUCUUGUAAAAUGUACAAGCAGUGAAACAUUCUAAAUCUAUACCUCAUCAUCAAAUGAUAUUUUAUAUUUUAAAUUAAAGAAAUUAAAUCUUAUAUUCAAACAUUCAAAAUAAAAAAUUUAUAAUUAUAUAAAUAUUAUACUUUUUUUUUUAAUGGAUUGGUGCAAGAAGUUACUUCAUAGAAGGAACACUAUUCCUGUGGACGAUGAUCUGGAAACUGUUAGCGAAAGAAAAAAGCGAUGGAGGAGCAUCUAUGUUAUAUAUUUUACUAUGUUUCUCAUGUCUCUUGGUUUCAGUAUUAUUCUUACCGGAGUAUGGCCAUAUUUGGAUAAGUUAGAUAAAACAGCUGGUAAAGAAUUUAUGGGAUACGUGGUUGCAGCUAAUCCGCUAGGGCAAAUGCUGUUUUCACCUCUUGUAGGUUGGUGGGGAGACAAAAGAAAGUCGAUAAGAGCUCCUCUUUUAACAACAAUAGCUCUUUUUAUAUUUGCAUCAGGAAUGUAUAGUGUUCUUGAAGUUCUUCCGGGUAAUCGAAAAAUGCUCAUGGUGGCUGCUAGAUUUUUGGUUGGAGUUAGCUCUGCUAAUAUUGCCGUAGCAAGGUCCUAUCUUUCUGCAGCUACAAAAUUUGCUGAAAGAACGCAUGCUGUAUCUAUGGUGUCUCUUGCACAGGUAUUAGGAUUUGUGGUAGGACCUGGUUUACAAGCAGCAGUUACACCUCUUGGAGAGAAUGGUUUUUAUUUUAUAAAUUUACCUAUUAAUAUGUAUACUAUGACUGGUUGGAUAAAUGUUAUUAUGGGAGUUCUUAACUUUGCUUUAUUUCUUCCAUGGAAUUUCACGGAAUAUAGGAUAGCUAUUCGUGAAGCUAUGAGAAAUGAAGGAAAGCAAACAGAAGAAGAAACGUUGAGGAGUAUAAAACCUGACUAUGUAGCAACUUGGACAUUGAUAUGUGCUUUUUUUGUCUUAGUAUUUAAUUUCGUUCUUAUUGAAACACUUAGUACAUCUUUAACCAUGGAUCAAUUUGCUUGGUCAAAAUCAGAAGCUUUAUACUAUAUUGGUAUAGUAAUGAGUGUUGGUGCCAUUGCAUCCUGUGUCACAUUUGUUAUGAUUGAACCUUUAUGCAAAAGAUUUAAUGAACGUAAAAUAAUGUUGUGGGGUGGAUUCCUGUUUAUGAUAAUAGGAAGAGUACUUUAUAUUCCAUGGGGGCCUGAUCCACCACAAAUUGCUUAUGUUGAACAGUAUAGCAAUAUGACAGAGGGUGUCAAUAAAACAGAUAUCUUAGGAUGUCCAAGUACUCAAAAAUGGUGUUUCUAUACACCGCGACUCACGAUUUUACAAUGCAUUAUUGGAUUUGGAUUCACUACUAUAGGUUAUCCAUUAGGUGUUACUUUAAUACAAACUAUCUUCAGUAAAGUAUUAGGACCGCGGCCGCAAGGCGUUUGGAUGGGAUUCAUGACAGGUGCUGGAUGUGCAUCUCGUGUAUUAGGUCCAAUAUUUGUUAGCGUGAUUUAUACUCGUUUUGGCCCAUAUCAUACAGCUGGUAUUACCGGUUUAAUUUUAAUAUUAUGUAUGUUAUGGCUGCAAAUUAUAAAUAAACGAUUGAUUCCGCCUGAUGGAUCUGUUGUAAAGGUUGCCAAAGAUAUCGAUGUUGAAAUUCCGUUGGUUCAUUUGAAACCUAAUGAUGCUCAAGAAUUAAGUGAUACACAACAAAAUAGCAGAAUAGAGGAACGCGAUAAAAUGUAACAAUCGCUCUGCUUGAAGUGCAAUUUUACUUUUAUAAUUAUGUGUAAGAAUAUAUCUACAUAUAUGUAUAUGUAGACUGCCAUUCAAAGUUGAUAGAAUUAUAUCAUAAAAUGUAUUUUUUUGACGAAUGUUUACAGAUUUUUAAUAUAUAUUUUACACGUAUAAAUAUGUAAAUUGUAAAUGAAUAUUCUUACGAAUAAUCAAGCAAUAUGAACAAAUCAUGUGAUUUGAACAAUGCAAACAAAUCAUUACAGGAAUUAAUUUGCUCAAUAUAAAAUUAGUUUAUUUCCAUAUUGGAAUAAUAUAAGAUUGCAAAAUAAAAAUGUUUUAAUGAUAUUAAAUAUAAUAUCUGCUGCUAAUAAAAAUAUCUAAGUUAAGUUAGGUUAUGUAUACAAAAUUAUAUGUGAAAAAUGCAAAUUUUUACGAUUUUGUGACUACUAUAGACAGGAAAUUGUUUAUAUGUUUUGAGUUUCAACAAAUAUUUAUAUCAGAAUGUAAAGACUGAUAUUAAUAGCAAACAUCUUCCGUCGAACAAAUUAUAUUUGAUUAUACUUGCCAGGAUCAAAUAACAUAAAUUUUAAA